UGCCAAGACUAUUCCGUAGAGUGUGUCUACGUGUAGGUGUGAGUGCAGGUGUUACAGCUACAGCUACAGUUCUACUGGUCUACCCGAAUCCCACCAAGGCCCUUGCUGCACAGUCGUCUUCGUCGGGCACCAGUAUGUCUUCGGCAGCCGUCGCUGGCACGUUUAGGAAAUCUCCGCAGUGGCGGUGGGCCGUGGCGGGUUGGGGCCUCUUCGUAGCGGAGAACACGCUCUUGUCGGAGAAUCGCACCUAUCUCAUCCAACAACUCGGUGGAGAAGAGCAAUACCAUAUGGCGUACGGACUCUGUUCCACCGCCGCCACGGCCUCGAUCGCCUACGGCUACUACGUCCUGACGCGCGGUGCGCACGCCGAAGCGCACGGCUCGGUCCACCCGGCAGCCUUUCGGGGCACCGUCCCUCCGAUCCCACGUCUCGUGGCGUCCUGGACGUUGCUCUCUCUCGGUCUCGUCAUGGCGUCGCAAGCCUUGCCCAAAUUACAAAUACCGGUCGCUCUGGUGGACGCCCCUCCUCCCGAGAGCACCGACCGCACGACUGUGGAUACUACUAGGGUUACGACUGCGACUACUCCGAUUGCCGGAACACCGACACCCACCGCGGCUGCACCGUCCCGCUCGUACCGAUUUCAAAUACGGUGUCCGUUCGAUUUUACGGACCAGUCGCACCACAAAGCUGACGGCGCGGCCGUGGUGGGUUUGGAUCGCGUUUCCCGACACCCUGGUCUCUGGAGUUUCGCGGCAAUCGGUCUCGGCGUGGCCGGUCUCCAACGCAGUGUCCCUCUGGCCCUUUGGUGGACCGGUCCCGCCGCCGUGGCCUGGAUUGGGGGCGCGCACCAAGACAGUCGCUUUCGGCGGGGAUUGGGUGGACACUACGAUCCCGUCUACGCGUCGCAAACGUCCAAUCUACCCAUGGUCGCGUUGCUCACGGGACAGCAAGGGAAUGUGACGGAAAGUCUCACUAAACUGCUCGGUAGUGAAUUGAAACUUUUAAACGCGCUCGGUGCCACCGCCGCGGCUGCCGUCUUUGUCCUUAGUCGCGGACGCCGAAGGGUAUAGCCCGUCACACCGGUUCUAAUCGUACCCAAACACUCGCAGAAAUAAAUAAGGCUGUACACCGUACGGUUUCCAACUAUUUUCCAAAAAGUUCGAGUUACUUCAUU